CAUUCUGAAGUUCUGAGUGAGCCUCUAGGUGUCCUGAAUGGGUGAACAUGAAGCUGAAGAAUAAUUGCAUUGAUACCAGGACUGAAUUGAUUUUGAAGAGCUGGAUAUGAUUUUUAAAGAGAUGAUAAGCAGUGUUUGGGGAUGCAAGAAGCCCUUGAAACAAGAGCCAUGAAACUGUACAUCAUCUUCUUCCUGGCCGCGGUGAACAAAGAAACCUCUAACUAUCAACUCUCAGAGGGGGCAUCCUGUGAAAUGGCAAACUCUCAGGCAUUUUGCCACAACAAAGACCUCCACCAAAUCCCUCGUGAGCUCCAUCCAAAUGUAAACAAAAUAGAUCUGUCGGGAAAUCUGAUUCAAAGCAUUCCUGAAAUGUCAUUAUCAUUUUACACUUCCCUCCAGUGCCUGGAUUUAAGCUCUAACCAGAUAAGUUUCAUCACUCCUGGAGUCUUCGCACACAUGAAGAGCUUGCUGGAAAUAAAUUUAGCCAACAAUCACUUAUAUGAGCUUGCUCAAAAUGGCACAGAGGGGAUUGGACUCCUACCCAAGGUGGAAAUACUGGACUUGUCCCACAACAGUCUGUACAACGGGAUGGCUGAGUAUUUCAUUAAAGAAGCUCCAGCACUGCAGUAUCUCUCCUUGGCAGACAACAGUAUUAUAAUGAUAUCAAGAAAGAUGUUUCAGGGAUCUCCCAGUCUUGUGGAGAUAGAUCUUCAGAGCAACAUCAUCAUGGAAAUAGAAGAUGGUGCUUUUGAGACUCUAGUGAGCCUGUCGAAACUCAAUCUCUCAAAGAAUUCAAUUACUUGCAUCUCUGAUUUUAACCUCAGGCAGCUGGAGAUACUUGACCUUAGCAGGAACAGCAUUGAGACCUUCCACACCACAAAAUCAGAUGAGGAGUAUAGCUUAAGGUAUUUGGAUCUGAGUGAAAACAAACUGUUUCACUUCCCAGUGUUCCCUCAGGUAAAUAAGCUGGUAACUCUGAAUUUAUCAAAGAAUUUAAUCCAGCUCACUGCUGAAUCCCCUCACAAUAAAAUGGACUAUAUGAAAAAUGAAUGGCUAAAUGCUUCUUUCCGUCUUCUUGAUCAGAAGCAAAGUAGAAACAAAAGUUCUCUUUAUUUAUCCCAGCUUGAAUAUUUAGACUUAAGUUAUAAUAAAAUCAAAUCCAUUCCAGAUGAAUUCUUUGAAUCAAUGAUGUCCCUUCACACCCUUAAUCUCAGUAAAAACUGUCUUCAGGCAUUUGCAGUAAGUUAUGACAGUGCAUUGAUCGCUUUAACUGUCCUUGACUUGAGCUACAAUGCUUUGCAGAGCCUUCUCCUUGAUGCUGGUGCAUUGUCAAAUUUAAAGGAGCUCUACAUUCAAAACAACUAUCUUCAAACCCUGCAGUUUGAUACCUUCUCAAAUCUUCCUAGCCUUAGACUGCUUAAUCUACAGAGCAAUAAUAUCAGCCUUUGCAGCAUGUACUCAGGAUUAGCUAAGCAAAGACUUGCUGGAGAGGAGAGUGGUUGUGUGUCAUUUGUCAAUUCUCCUACUCUUCAGUACCUGUACCUAGCUGACAACAUGCUGAACACCCUACCAGCAUACAGCUUCUACAAGACUUCUCUGGUUGUCUUGGACCUCUCCAUGAACCCUGGGCUGAAAAUAGAACUUAAAGCAUUAUCGGGUCUGGAAAAGUCUCUGGAAUGUUUGUAUUUAUAUGGUAAUAGCCUGAUAGAUUUAAAUAUUGACUUGCCUUGUUUUAGUCACCUUAAACAUUUAAACCUCUCUGAAAAUCAGCUGAGCUGGCUGCCUAAGUGGGAUAGUGACUCUCCACUAGAAGUUCUGGACCUACGGAACAACAGGUUCAGUACAUUACAGAACAGCAAUAUUUUAGCAUUAGAAAAUUCACUUAAAAACUUGUAUCUCACCGGGAACCCACUCAAUUGCUGUGGAAACAUCUGGCUUUCAUCAAUGAUCCAGAACAAGAAUGUCCAGAUCCCCAAUGUGGAGUAUUUAAUGUGCCAGCACACUCAGAAUUUCGGGUACCAGGAUGAAAUGUACAUCAGGAACAUUAGACCAGAAGACUGUGAAAAAGAGGAUCUGAAGAAAAUCAACUUCCUUAUUAUUUUAACACUUGUGUUGGUUUUAUCUGUGAUCAUCAUUGGUGUGGGUUCAUUUUUUUGCUUCCGCAGGCAAAACUUUACCCAUCAGUUUAAAGCAUAGUAACACAAAAUGCCUUGAAAACUGAAGAAAUCGGGUGCUACACUGACACUGUGUAGAAAUGAAGGGUAAAAUUCUCAUCUUUGAUGUGGAUUUGAAGUGCUUUUGAAGUGCCCCUGAAUUGCACCACUGGUAUGGGUUGCAGGGACGGGAAGGAGAAUUUGACAUGUUUUGCAGAUCCACAGUUAAAUUCAAAGAGGAGAAAUUUGGCCCUAAUGUGCAAUAUGUAUUUAACUGAGUUUAAUGUGAAGAAAGUCAUCUCUGGGAUGAAAGCUUUGUUUAAAAAAAUCCUGGAGCAUGAAUUUCAACCAGCUAACAUUGAACUGACAUGUUUAUAUUUCUAAGAAAAACUGUUGGGAAAUCACUGCAUAUGGUUGCAUUUCAAUGCAGAAGAAUAGUAAAUCUAUUUUUAAAGGCCACAGGAGGUUAGACUGCAAAAAGGUGUUUUGAAGAUACCAGUGUGAAAUAAUGCAUAGGGAACAUUGUCCUAGGCCAUUAUUUAGAUCUGUCUUUCCCCAAAAAUAUAUUAUUGUCUAGAGAAUGUGCUGCAAGGAAAGUUCUGUGGGUCCUCACUCUGUGCUGUGUUUAACAUGGCUAGCCUGCUGUGUUGCUAAAAGUUGACACUGACGAAUGUUAUGUCCCAUAUUCUCACAGAAAAUUCACCCUUUUGGAGGGAACAUGACAGUGAGUGGGAGCCUGGCCUGCUAACAGAGUUCAGUGGCUUUGAAAAGGAGCUAUAUCAGGUCUCCUGUUAAUGCCAGGAACUGUCCAUUCAGGCACAUGAAAGAGUGGUCAAGCUGAAACCUGUCCAGGUAAAUAACUCAGUCAAAUUGCUGCUCAGUUUCUGUUUCUUCCAGCUAGUGAAUGUCCAAACUUCCACACUACAAAAGAGGUGUAUAGUUAUAUUUUCUAAGCAGUUACAUAUGAAACUGGCUGGUGGU